CCUGUAUUAACCUAGAGUCUAGACCUAAUUGGAAUAUCUUGAUAUAAGAUUAUGUUUGGACAACUAUUUCUGCUGGGGCUCCUCGCUCUGGCGCAGGCUCGUCCUCAAGAUGAGCAACUCGCAGCAGCCAAGUGUCCUCCGGGGGAGUCCAACUACCUGAUUCCCAACGAGAGGGACUGUUCCAAGUUCUACGUCUGUGGUAUGGGCCGCAGUCUGAGGGAGGGAGUGUGCGAACCCGGCUUGGAGUUCUCCAUUGAAUUGCAACGUUGCGCCGACCCCCUCAUCGCGAAGUGCAAUUGCAACACGGACCCUGAACCCACCACGCCCGCACCAGCACCAACACCAGCCCCAAUCCCGGAAGAGGACAGGGAGAUCAUUUACCUACCCAACGGCUGCCCAGAAGACAUGCACAUCCCGAAGCUGCUGCCUCAUGAGGAACGAUGCGAAUACUUCUACCACUGCGACAAGGGGGAGAAGGUGCUGAAGGAGUGCGCGGAAGGGACCUACUUCGUAUAUGAGAAACAGACAUGUGACCAUAUUUGGAGGGUAGACUGCGUUAGCAAUGGUACAACCACCCCACGACCAACAACCGUCAUAACAGAAGCUGUUGAGGAAGAGAGCCUUGAAAACACAAACUUGCCCAAUGGCUGCCCUAAUGAUGGAAGCUACCUCCUCCUGCCUCACGAAACUAUCUGCAGAAAAUUCUAUUACUGCGUUCAUGGGGAAAAAGUGGAAAGGGAAUGUGCACCUGGCACUGUCUUCAAUCCAGCAAUAAUGAACUGCGAUCACGCAUUUAAUGUCGACUGUGAGGAUGUGGUCACAGAAUGUAUCUGUGAAGAUGGCGAUGAGGAUUGCGAUGAAAGCACAACCACUCCCUUGCCUGCACCUGGAGGACAAGCUGAAUCAGAAGAAAAAGGAUCAUCCGAAAAGCAGGAGUCAGAUGAAAAAGAUGAGUCUGCAGAGAAACAGGAAUCCAAUGAGAAGCAGGAGUCAGACGAGAAAGCUGAAUCUGAAGAAGGCUCCGGUGAAGUGGAAGAAAAGGGCACUACGGCCAAGCCAGAGUCCCCCGAAAAUAACAAGUCAGAAGAAGACAAUGAAUCCGGAGAAGAAAAAACCAGCUGCGAAAAUCAUGAAAGCGAAGAGAAAGAUGAAUCCCAUGAUUGUAACUGCGAAGACAGCGACGAAGACGAGGACUUGAGAUGUAAGGAAGACUGCCAUGUUCCCUUCUGGGCUCACGAGACCGAUUGUGACAAAUUCUGGAGGUGCGUCGGUGAAGAAAAAGUUCUAGGCGUGUGCUCAGAAGGUCUACACUUCAACGAAGAAACACAGACCUGUGAUUUCAUCUGUAAUGUCGGAUGUAAGAGGAAUCACGUGCAAUCGACAGCUCUUCGUGAGGGAGUGAAACUUUUCCUGCCCUGGAACCAGGUAGACGAUUUGUUCAGGAAGUCCCCUAAGAUGGCACUAAAAUUUUUAAAGCAUAAGGAGCUUUAA